CUAUUAUUUGAGUUUAUUGUUGUUGUUUUUUACCCGAUUUUUGUUUACUUUAUUCUAUUUCAAUUGCAUUAAAAUUUCUUCAACUAGGCUAUUUGAAGUUUGCUUCAGGCUUACAGAGAAGAAUAAUUAAGUAUGGCAACACCUAAAAAACAAAGUAUUUUUGCACAGCGAAUGCAAAAUGCCAAGAAGUUAAAAUCACAAGAUAACAGAAAUGUAGCUGCUGUAUCAUCUGGUGUGCCAAAUUUUCAAGUUGAAGCAGCCUGUUUUGGUGAAAAAAGUAAUAUUGUUCAUGGACCUGAUGCUGGAAUUAUUCAUGAAGAAAAUGUGAAAAGACUUGCAUCGAUGUCACCAUUAGAAAUUGAAGAAGAAAGAAAUAAGCUGAUUGCAAAUCUGGAUCCAUCAAUUGUUGACUUUCUGAGAUCUAGAAAAACUACGAAGGUUAACUCUAACCAGACUAAAAGACAUGACCCCACACCUAGUUCUUGUAGCAUGGAGAUAAGUGAUGUGCCAGUGGUCACACAGACUCCAGUUGCAGAGUUAGUCAACAAGUAUCCACACAUGGACGUGUUGGAACCUGACAAGUUGGAGUGGAUGCAGGAGGUUCCCCCACCCCAACCUCCCGCACCUGGCUGUCCAUACAGUGCUAGGUUCAACUUUGACGGGGAGCUGAUGCCAUAUGCAAACGAUACAAAGACAGAUGGACUGUACCACCACGGGGAGGAGCCAGAUCGUCCUGGCUACACGCUACAGGAGUUGAUGCAACUCAGUCGUUCUUCCAUGCUGCAACAACGUAUCACUGCUAUCUCUACUCUGGCAAACAUAUUUCACAAGGCAGGUAGUCAUGUAUGA